CACUCACAACGCUAUCUGCAUAGGAAAGUGCGGAUGGACCAGGACAAUGAUGGGACUGAGAAGUUUGUUUGGGUCAACAAGGCAUCACCACACGCACAGAGUGUCGCCAAGGCCAAAUACGAGUUCCUAUUCGGUACCCCUGUGGAAGAGGAGUUGUUAGAAAGCGAUUGCCUCCAAUCUACAGAGGAGGAGAACCGUAUAGCAAACGGACCCUUUGCCGAGCUUGAAAACGUGGUUGAUGGGGUCCAAGAGGAGAACUCGUUCCAGUUGGUGGCUGCAGUGCAAAGGUUGGAGAUCACUGCAGGGGAGGCUGUAACUGAGUUGUCGCCAAAGGAAACGCAAUGCAAGUGGAAAUGCAGUAGCACGUCUCAGGCCACAUCAGCAAUUGUGGACAAUAAGGAAAGUAUGGUAUUUUUGACAGAGACUGACACGAGACAGUCAAUGAGUGACUUAGAAGGCUCCUCAGAGGAAGAAAGUAAAACAGUUCCACGCGUGACCAAUUCAGGUCUACAAACUUAUGCUGAAAUAUUUGUCAAUACAACAGUCAAUGAAACGGCCAACAUGUUCUCAGCUCUAAAGAGCCACCAGGCUGAGACUUUGUCGCCGGACAAAGAAACGACUCCUAACGAAACCGCCACACCUCUGGAGAAUAACCUCCUAAAGGUAACAGCAAACAGAGUGGGAGGGGAGCAGCUAGCCGCCGGCGACAAAGAGAUAGUCGAGAGUGUCCGUCAGUCACCGGAGUUGGUGACUAAAUUCGUAGCAGUCGUGGUUGCGGAAGAAGGCUGUUGCCAGAUGCUGCUGGAGUCUCCUCAGAACGACAGCCACGUGGAUGGAGCAAAAAAGGUACUACCAGAGGAUGCUCGGACAGAUGACCAUGUGGAGCAUGUGAAGGAAGGCUGGAAAGGGAGGGAAGGUGGAAUUUCUUUGUCCGAGGCGCUGGUUAAAGACAAUGAAAUGUCAUCUUUCCCAGUGCCUCGACUCAGGGAAAUGGUGGAGCAGAAUCCAGAGGUAAACACCGUGAGCAAGAGAGACACUGGGCUCGAACUGCAUCUCAAGGCUGAGGAGGAUGCAAAGGCAAACGGUGAAGGCGCGAAGGUGCCUCUAAGUAACGUUUCGUCAGAAAACAGGAGUACUGACGAGGACGUGUUUGUGAGUGCAAGAGAAAGCGAACAGAGUAUGGAGGGUGGACCAUCCACAGGAGGAAAAGCAAAUGCCCUGAUGUCGGAGGCUAGAAAUGACCCGGAGAUUGAGGUGACGGACAUCUUCAGCUCUCAGUUUGAGACUAUUAUGGAAUCGCAGUUUCUGAAGGCCACGUGGUACAACAGCUUGGACUCCCUGGACAUGAUCUCCACGGACGAGAGUGAGAGUAGCUUCAGCUUUGAGAUGCCCCUCACCCCUCUGAUCCAGCAGCGCAUCAAAGAGAGCAGCCAGUUCCUGGAGCGCGGCGGGAUCCUGGAGGGCAGCGCCAGUGAAGUGCUGGAAACGAGUGGCUAUUUGGAGAGGAGAGCAGAGGGCACUGUGAGCAGCAGCAAGUCGGACAGUGUGUUCCUCAAGUCUCCUGUAGCUGUGCUGAACGAUUCGCCCGAGGACCUGGCGAGCCCCCGGGACCAGGCCAGAGGGAGCUCGGACUCGAGCGAUGGUGGCCUGAGGGACGUGUUUCCGAGAGUUGAGUUUGAAAUGGGCAGCACAGAGCAGCUGGAGCAGCACAGCAGCGAAGCGGUCAGCAAUGGACACAAGAGUGACCUGGAGGCAGCUCGGAGGCUGGCCAAGCGGCUGUACAAUCUCGAGGGAUUCAAGAGGUCGGAUGUUGCUCGGCACUUGGGAAAGAAUAAUGAAUUCAGCAGGCUGGUGGCUGAAGAAUACCUCAGAUACUUUGACUUCACAGGAAUGACCUUGGACCAGUCCCUUAGAAAUUUCCUGAAAGCAUUUGCACUAAUGGGAGAGACUCAGGAGCGAGAACGGGUUUUAAUCCACUUCUCCAACAGAUACUAUCAGUGUAACCAGGGCAUGAUUCCUUCUCAAGAUGGGAUCCAUUGCCUCACUUGUGCACUAAUGUUGUUGAACACAGACCUUCAUGGCCAUGCAAAUAUUGGAAAGAAGAUGUCUUGCCAAGAUUUCAUUACUAAUUUAGAUGGCUUGAACGAAGGGAAAGAUUUCCCCAAAGAGCUAUUGAAGCCGCUGUACAACUCGAUCAAAAAUGAAAAGCUGGAAUGGGCAAUAAAUGAAGAAGAGUUGAGAAAGUCUCUCUCCGAACUGGCAAAUGAUAAAACGGAUAGUGCAGGAUCCAGGACCAGCAAUCGGAUUGGCUCCAGCAGCAACCCUUUCCUGGACAUUCCCCGGGAUCCCAAUGCUAAAACAUACAAAACAGGGUUCCUCUCUCGAAAAAUCCACGCAGACAUGGAUGGGAAGAAAACUCCCAAGGGCAGAAGAGGUUGGAAAACAUUUUAUGCUGUGCUCAAAGGCAUGAUUCUUUAUCUGCAAAAGGAUGAAUACAAGCCGGAAAAACACCUGUCAGAAGAGGAUUUAAAAAAUGCUAUCAGUAUUCACCACGCUCUGGCCAUAAAAGCCACGGAUUAUGAGAAGAGACCCAAUGUUCUGAAGUUGAAAACAGCAGACUGGAGAGUGUUUCUUUUCCAAGCACAAAACCCUGAAGAAAUGGAGUCCUGGAUAAAUAAAAUUAAUUUGGUCGCCACUGUGUUUUCGGCCCCACCGUUUCCAGCCGCAAUUGGCUCCCAGAAGAGGUUCAGCCGUCCACUAUUACCAGCGACCACCACCAAGAUGACCCAGGAAGACCAGUUGAAAUCACAUGAGGCCAAGCUGAAACAGAUUUCCACUGAACUGACUGAGCAUCGUUCCUACCCGCCCGACAAGAAGGUCAAAGCCAAGGAGAUUGAUGAGUACAGACUGAAGGAGCACUAUCUGGAGUUUGAGAAAACCCGGUAUGAGACCUAUUACAAGAUGCUGGAGGAAUCUGGCGAGAAUCCUCUCCAGGGGAUAGAGAGCGAUGGCAACGGCAUGAGGAAGUCACAUUCCAGCCCCUCGCUCAACCAGGAGUCGGUGCCCGUGAACACUAAAAUCAAACGUAACAUCUCGGAGAGGAAAGACUACAGACCGGAAUCGGCCAACAACAGCAAGCAGAAGACUUAGCUCCUCAGCAGGAAGAAUCAGCCUAGCUCCCUCACACAACACAGCCAAGUGACGCAAUCUGUGACUUGAUUUUUUUUUUGGUGUAGAAUAUUAUUUAGAUGUCAACUGUCGGUAAUUGUACUUGUGAGAACACGACUGAGAGUUCUUUUUAAUUUGCAGACACUCCUGUAGCUUUUUUUAUUAUUUUGGAUUUUGUUUUUCAAUGCAACCGUUUUGUAGAUCUAAUUUUUUUUUAUUUUGAAUAUUGCCUUAAAGAGACAGACUCCUAUAUUUGUUGGCCUGCCUAGUCCGACAUGAUGAAGCGUCAGGUUUACACAAGGUACCCACUUUUAAGAGGCACGAGCCUUUCAAAAGGACGCAUGUUAGCUCUUAUUAUAUGAAGCAAAAUCGUCAGUGGAUGCCUUUCUGUGUUUUAAGUGGUUGUGUACGAAAUAGUUAAGUGACAUAGCUGCUGAACUUUUAAUUGUUUAAAUUAUUUCAAACCCAACAUUCACAAAGAGAGGCGAGUUGAGUCGAGUAAUGUAAAUGUUUUAUGUGGAUGAGAUUUUUAAAAAUAAAUAAAUAAAUACAAGUACUUGGUCCUUCGUAUAGUACAGCUUUCUUGAGGCCAACAAAAUAUUGUUGUUAAGAGUUUACUGCUCAAGUUCUCUCUCUCUUUUGUUGUGCCUGAAGUCAGACCCAUCACCAAAUUUCUCUCUCCUCCACUUGCUGACUGACAGUAGUUCUGGCUGGAAUCUCUGAAUGGUACGUUGCAUUUCAGUGUUUUCCACGAGUUAUUGCAUCUAUAAGUGACCUCCAAUUGAAGGUGCCUCUGUUUGUUGUGAAUUUACACCCCUCCCCCUCGGCCAGCCAGUAUUUUAUCAGUAGUGAUAGCUUAUAGUUAGCAUUUGGCUCUCCUUCCUCCUCCUGAAGUGUGUAGCUGCUACUGAGCCAUACCUGUCGUCUGUACAGCAAUGAAAGGAAAAUAUUGAAACUUUUUUUUGAAUGAUCAUGUGGCUCCAUUUUAAGCUUACUGUAAAUGCCAAACAACCUUGUUACCUGUAUAUGAUGUUUCCUUUUACAAGAUUAUAACAAAUAUAUAGAAGAUACCAUUUGGGAUCUUGGAUUGUACCUGUAAAGUUUAGUAUUUAUAGUGCACUUUAAGAAAAAAUACACACAGCUUGACCACCUGUUUUUUUUAAAUAUUACUUGUAAGACUGUUGUGUGUUUGUCUGUCUUCCAUUUUUUUAAAAAUAUAAGACACUUAUGCUUGAGGCAAGUUGUGUCAUUUGUAACAAGAGUUAAAGACACAGUGUUGGAGGAGCGUUACACCUGAUGCAAUAGAAAUUUUGUUUUGGCUUUGUUUUUCCUCAAGGAAAACAAGGGUUUGGAUUGUACUCCAGGAUCACUGCUGCUAUUUAGUUAUAUGUUGCAGCGAGGCUGUGACACUUGCCAUUGCCAGUCAAGUAGGGGCCUGAACCCGAAUCGAGAGCACAGUAUAGGUACACAAAACCCUCAUCUCUCCCCCCGAGAUAGCAAUCCCACCGCUCUCGAUCUGCAGAAAGUCUGGGAUGCCAUCUGCAUUUGUCGACAAUAAAAGACUGUAAUAAAGUUUAUAGUGAAAAGUGCUAUCUGCUAAGUAGUGCAUUCUUCAGGUGCAUAUAGGUGAUUCUCUCUCUCUCUCUCUCCCCCGUGCCAGAUUGUAAUCCUUUUUUGUGUUAUUACGAUAUUUAUUGGCUUUCCUUGUUGCAUCUCCACCCAGUUCAAUAGGCCAGUGUGGAUUCUUUUCUGUGUGUGAUAGAUUUGCUGUACAUGAGCGUGCAGUGAAGUCAGCUCCUGCUGUACAUGUCCCCAUUCUGCAUGCUGCCCUCGUCGCUAAAGGUAAAAGCUCACAUCAAUAAAUUUAAUGGAUGGUG